AUGGAGUUCUUCCAGCGGCACAUCGCAGAGAGUAUUUUCAUUCUCCGCCAUGCCAUUCUGCACUUCGUCGAUGAGUGGAAGUUCGGAAUCGAACUUUCCAAUUUUCUCGUCAUCACGGACCGACAAUUGGAGGCUUUCCUCCUCUGUAAAAACCUCCUCAAGGGGCAGAUCGGCGCUGGCCGGCUCUGGACGCUGUUCAUCCACAUCGUGCACGAGAUGUUCGGUCCCGAGGAAGCGCUGCGCUACUUCCGGAUCGCUCUGCAUUACGUGGCGAAGUCUGGCGAGCUGUGGUGCGAAGGAGCGCGGAUCUUCCUGGAUCCGACUUCUCCUCAUUUCAGUCUGCACAACGCACAGAUCGCUCUGAACUACGCGGUAAUCUUCACGCCUCGCUACGGAGACACGUUCAUCGAAGUACCCGAUUCAAUGGCCGCGUGA